GCCGCGGGCGGUGCGAAGAAGAAGUCUUCCCCGUACAAUGUCUUCAUGAAGAAUGAGCUCGCUAAGCUGAAGGAGAAGAACCCCGAUAUGCCGCACAAGGAAAGGUUCAAGAUGGCUGCGUCUGCUUGGGCUACGUCCAAGGAGAACCCGAAGAACAAAUGA